AUGGACUUGCUAGAUAAAUUAGAGGAUUAUUCCCCUAGUCAAUUUAAGCCUAAAUUAUAUCAAUCUAUCGAACAAAAUGAAAAUCAAGAAUCAGAUCAUCAUGAAUCAGAUGAAAGCGAACGCGAAUCAGAUCCACAACAAGAAAGGUCAACUUUAGGGUUCGAUUUUAAUAUAAGUUCAAUUACAGAAGCCAUUUCCAAAGAUAACUCAAAUAAUGAAGCUACUAAUGAUUUAAGUAUAUUGGAAAGAAUCAAGAGAAGGAUAAAUAAUGAAGAACGUGAAGAAGACGCGACUCAACAACUAGAAUCUGAAGAAUCCGGAACCGUCCAUGCUCACAAAUUACCCCAAUUGGAGAUUGAUGAAAGUGAUUUUCAAGUUCACAAUGGGUCCACUCAAAUGAUUGCUGAUAAAGUAACACAAGUUUUAAAUUCAGACAAAACCCAGGUGAUUAGAAAUGAUCGCACUCAAGUAAUCAAUAAUGUUGCUACUCAGCGAAUCAAUUACGGCUCCACUCAAGUCAUAAGAAAUCAAUCAACCCAAAUUAUCCCCACUAAGAACAUUAUGCAAGGAGAAGAUAUGCCAACUCAAGAAAUCAGCUCAUCGACCCAAGUAAUUAAUCAGCCAGGAGACAAUCUCUUCUGCUCAGAAAGUGAAGACGAAAACGACGAGGCUCCUCUCAGCAAAGAUCAAAGAGCUGCUAAAAUCCAACAAUUAAUUGAAAAGAGAAAACAGGAAAGAUUAGCCAAAGAACGUGAAGAACUCGAACAAGAUCUUACAAAGGAAUCUUUGACUGAUGAAGAAAACGACAUCAAUAACGAAGCCAAUGACACUGUUGUUUCUUCAACUGCUCGCGAAGGAGCUACUUCCAAAGAACUUGAAGUUGCUCAAGAAUUCUUAAAUAUCCAAAAAAGACAAAUCGAUAUUCGUCCUGAAUUUCAGACAAAGGUGGUUUUCACUAAAGAUAAAUUAUUGGAUGCAUUUUCCGACGAUGAUAAUGACCAUCAACCAAUACAAGAUAAACCCAAGCAUUCAGCGUCAUCUUCACUUGAUUUCCUAGAUUCAAGUCCCAUCACCUCGCCCGUUAAAGAAAGACCAGAAGACUUCUUGGAAAUCUUUAAGAAAAACGCAUUCAAGCCUGCCCAGCAAACCCAACUCAAGAAUCCAUUAGAAGUAUAUGCUGAAAAGCUUAAACAGAAACUAUUCAGCUCUCCAUCUAAUGAAAAGACUUUAAAAAUUGAUCUUGAUUCUGAUUCAGAUCUUGAAAUUAAUAAUACUUCAUCACCUACCAAAAGCACAUAUUCUCUCUAUCCCACAAAAUUCUCCAAUACUGGUGCUGAAUUGAAUCAUAUUCCAGAGUUAACAAAAGAUCAAAGACUUACUAUCAAACGAAAAUUCCUUAAAAAGAAAUAUGGAUCUAAGGACAACAAAACCAUCCCGGCAUCAAUCGUUCAACAAAACUUAAGUCAUGUGGCGCAGCCUAACCAAAAGAAAUUCUUGCAUACUUUACAAAAGCGAAACAUCGAUCAAUUGAAGAAUCAUAAAUUAAAUGAUCUGGAACAUGCGAUUUUGGAAGAAAUGGAGAAGGAUGAAGAAGUGAUGGGGUCAUUGUUGGAAAGAGAAAUGGAAAGAGUGAGGAAUAUUAGAUUGAGGGAGAAAAUGCACGAAAAGGCGAAAUUGGCAUUGGCUGGUAAGGCACUUGGUGGUGGAGGAGAUGGUGAGGAGAAUGAUGAGCAAGUUGGUGAAAAUGAUUUGGAAUCAGAAGUGCCUGACUCUGAUUAUGAUUCAGUUGAAGAUCAAGUAAGCGACGACGAAGGAGAUAAUGAGUUAGACGAAGACGAAGAAGAAGUUGACUCGCAUAAACGUAGUCGAAACGUAAUUAGUGAUGACGAAGAUGAAGAGCAGGAAAAUAAACCAAUUGGAAAUAAUCCUCGAAGUGAUGAUAGUUAUAUGUUUGGUGGUGGAAAUAGUGACGAUGAUCACAUAAGUCACGAUGAUGAUUACGUGACCACACAUCCUCGUCCAAUUAAUGACGAUAUCUAUACUAAUAAGGAUUCAGUUCAUUCAUACGAAACCACCACCCUCUUUCAGAAUUUGAAACCACGAGUUAAGAACGAGUUUGACGAUGGCGAUUCUCAAGAUACUCAAGAUGGACCUGUUGCUAUAGAGAGAGUGGUACCUGUCUUUAAGGAUAUUUCCAUAGUUGAAUCCCAAACUCAAGCCGAUACGCCUACUCAAGCCGACUCAACUACACAGCAAGAUUCUGUUUCAUAUUCUGCAACUCAAAUUAUCUCGGACAAAUCAACUCAGAAAGAUCAAGACAUGUUCCAAGAUGAUGAUGAUGAUAUAGUUACCCCAGCUGGUAUGAAGCGAGGACGUAAGCUAAUACGAAACAAAAACAUAGGUUCGCUUGCGCAAGUCAAAGAAGAACCCGUCGAUGAUGAAGAUGACCAAGAGGCAAUUCAGCAACGUAUUAAACAAUAUGAACAUAAAAUCAGAAAACGAGAAUUGAAACUUCGUAAACGCCGUAAGGAACUUGAACGUAAGGGACUUGGUAAUGUUCUUCAAGGAGAAGCUGAAGAAUCUGAAGAUGAAUGGAAAGGUCUCGGAGGUGCCGAUGGAGAAGAUUCCGAUGUGGCUAAUUCUGAAGAUGAACGUAUGAUUGAUAAUAACCUUGCGAUUGAUUUGAAAGAUGAAGAGAUUAGAAAGAAAUUUAUGGAGGAUUAUCAGAUCAAAGAUCAAAAGGAAUUAGAAAAAUUGUUGGAUGAUGUUAAGAAUCAUAGAUUAAUGAAAAGGGCGACGGUUAAUAAUGGAUUUGAUAUUGAAUUGAGCGAUGAAGAAGAUGAAUUGUUGGUUGCUUAUCGAAAACAGAAAUUGUUUGAACAACAACAGAGAUUGAUGGAGAAUAAGAAAUUACAAAGUUUGAGUAAGAAUGAAAGAUCAAAAGCAUUUUUUGCAUCCAUUCAAGAUUCGGAAUCGGUUAUCAGAAUAGACAGUGAAAGUGAACCAGAAUCGUUAGUUGAAACGAUAGCUCCUAAGGAAAAGACGAAACAAGAAAACGAAGAUGAGGAUUCUUUAGAAAACGAAGCUCCAGUUAAGAAAACCAUCAAACUUGAAGAAUCAUUUGUUCAGAAACAAUUAUCUUUCCUUAAUAAUGCUACUGACGACUAUGAAUACGAAAGAUUACAACAUGUUUCAAAGAUCCAGCAUGGUUUUGAUUCCGAAGAAGAAAUAAUUGAAGAUAUCCAAGUCUUGAAAUCUCGUUCCAUUAGUAAUUUAACAAAAGGAAGCAGAUCUGAAAGUCCUGCUAUUGAUCUUGAAGAAGAGUCCUCCAAGAAGAGGGAUUUGGAAGAUACUGAUGUCGAUGAGGAAGAUGUCGAAUUCAUGCCUGCUUUUAAGAAACCAUCAAUUGUUAAAUCAUUUAGAUCAUUCCAAGAACAACAGGGUGUUUCUAUCAAGGAUGGAAAACAGCAUUUCUCAGGUGUGACUGUGAGUAAGCAGUAUAAAGUUGUUUCUGGAUCCAAGGCAUCUAUUAGUUAUUUGGCCAAGAAUGCUCAGACGAAGGUUAAGAGUUUGAAAGAGAAGAAUAUAGAAAGAAGUCUUCAAAAUUCCAAGAAUCAAAAUAAGGGCUUAUUUAAAAGUUCUGGAUUUGAAUAG